AUGGGUCUACUGCGGCGUCGUUUCGAUGAAGCAAUCAGCGAACACGAAGGCAAAUCAGUGGUGAUACCUUGUCCGGUCAACAACGACAAAUGCGGCAAUUUGCAUUCGAUAAAUUGGUUCAAGGGCGACGAUCGCAUUGCAGCAAUGCUGUUGGGCGAAAGUAAUGUGACGAGCGUGUCAGACGAGUUUGCGAAAAGAGUCAAAGUGGAGCAAAAUCCAUUUAGAUUAGUUAUUAAUGACUUAAAAAUAUCUGAUGAGGAUACCUAUCUUUGUGAUACAACAUUUCUUAUACCAAUCGAAACGUGUGAUAAUUUCAACGGCUAUCGUGUCGAGUUGAAUGUCUUAGUGCCACCAACGGAGGUUGUGAUUCUGGAUGAGAAAGGCGAUCAUAUUGAAAAUGGUUCGAUCAUUGGGCCCAUGCAGGAACGUCAGACACUGAAAGCCGAGUGUGUUGUACGGAACACACGACCGCUACCGCAGGUCGGCUGGUGGCGGAGGGAUAAGCGACUAAUGACGCAUUCCGCCUCGUAUGUCGAGACAGAUGGCCUCUUUACUGCCACACUGGGAUUAACACUCGAAUUGUCAAGGGACGAUCUGGCGCGCGACAUUGAAUGCCACGUGGAGUCAGCGGCUUUACCGAAUAAAAUAAUCAACAAAUUUCGCGUCGAUUUGCAAGUGCGUCCAACGAGCAUAUCCAUCAAUGGCGUGGAGCAUCAUACGGUCCAGGGCAGCAAAGUCGUGCUGACAUGUGAUAUUCAUGGCGCUCGACCUGCCGUCAAUUUGACGUGGUUCAAUUCCUCCACAGUUAUUAGUCCGGAAGAGAAUGACUUGACAGAAAUAAGAACAAAAGCGUUCGAGAAAGACGAUGGCACGUAUCACACGCAGUCGGAGCUUAUCUUCAAUGCGACACGUUUUGAGAAUGACAUGAAUUUUCGGUGCGACGCGGACAAUGUGGUGCUGCAGAUAAACCGCGAAAAACCAUUCACGUCGUCGUUGACACUGGAAGUUUUAUAUCCACCAGUGGUUAAGGUUAGCCCGCCCGAGAUUACAGUAAAUACCAGCGACACAGUGCUGCUCAACUGCGAAUAUGUCGCAAAUCCCGCUUCCCUCACGCAAGUUGUGUGGUAUCGCAACGGUGAUUUAGUCAAUGUCAACGACACUGAAAGUUAUGAGGGUGGCAAUUCCGAGAACGUUGCACUGGUUAUACGCUCCACCGACAAGGAGGAUGUCGGUAACUACACCUGUCAGCUAUCAAAUGCCAUUGGCAAGGGCAUCUCUGAGCAGCAAAUUGACCUGGAUGUGCAGUUUGUGCCAAUUGUCGAAGUGCUGAUGAUACCCGAGGGUCCCGUAAAGGAGAGUGACGAAUCGAAUGUGACACUCUACUGCAACAUCUUAGAGGCUAAUCCUGCGGUGCUGACAAAAGUGCGUUGGUAUGCCAAUUCGACCUUACUGAAGGAGCUGCCCGAUUGUGAAGAGACAAAGGAGGAUUUAUGUCACAUUGAUCCCAGUAAAUUGCUGUUGGAGAGCAUUGGGCGCGGCUUCUUCUACAAUUACUCUUGCGAGGGUUACAAUGCCGCCGGUUGGGGGCCGCGCAGCGAGGAUAAAGAAUUAAUGGUCCAUUAUGAGCCCGGUCCCGCUACGCUCACCCACUUCCCCUUGAUUGCGGUGAAGAAGAAGAGCGUAACUUUUUCAUGCUCGGUGGACGAUCCCGGAUAUCCCGAAUCGAAUAGAUUCCGUUGGUUGCGCGGCGGUCGUGGUCCGCUACAAGACAUCGUCACCAAGGAUUGGACUGUGGAGCCAGUGGGUUUGGAUAGCCGCACCAACUACUCCUGCUAUGCAUUCAAUGAGGGUGGCAAGGGUGUGAUGGCUACCGUCAAUCUGGAAGUACAUGCCCCACCAUUCUUCAUCAAGAAUUUGGUGCCAUAUACAGGCAUGCUGCACACAUCGCGUACAGCGAAUUUAACAUGCCGCAUCGAGUGUGUGCCACGUUGCGAAAUCACUUGGCUGAAGGGUACGGAUCCCAUUGAUAAGAACGAUACGCGCUACUUCAUCAAGGAGAAGUACGUCGACGCCUCUCCUGCGACCGGUGACUUCGAGAGUAUGCUCUCUGUAUUGCACUUCAAUAUGACCAACUGGCCAAACCAAAAGUUCGACAUCGAAUCGGAUAGCGCCAACUACACUUGUGUUUCGACAGGAAACUCCGUUGGGCCUGGCAUCAAAAGCGCCACUUAUUUCUCCAUCGAAUAUGCGCCUGAGAACUCAACCGUUUCGGAGGAGGUGGUUUACGUGCAGGAGGGCACUAUACCCGGACGUGUCAUUUGCAACGCCAAAGCUAAUCCCAGCGCGCACUACAAUUGGAUAUUCAAUAAUACAAAACUCGGACAAGAUCAAGCUCUAAUCAUCAACACACCAAUGACACGCAAUGAUUCGGGCGUCUACACAUGUGUCGCCUCGAAUAAGCAUGGCAAGAACACAGCUGAAACAUUCAUCGACGUACAAUUUAAGCCACGUUGCGAAAUUGAAAGGCACGAGAUCGAUGACCAGGAUACACUAAUUUGCACAGCAUUCGGAAAUCCUGUAGAGGCUGAUUUUUCAUGGUCAAUUAAAGCGGAAAAUGACAGCGCCGAAUGGCUGGGCACUGGCGAGCGCCAGGGUUAUAAGGACAAGAGUUUUUAUGUGCUGGACGAUGGUUAUGCGAUUGCACGCACUUAUCGUUGCAUCGCCAACAACACCGUCGGCCCGGGGACAUUUUGUGAAAUCGAAGUGGCUGAACAACUGGCCUGGUGGCAACGCUGGGAUAAGACAACACUCAUCAUUCUGGUAGCCUCAAUACUGGCGCUACUUCUGGCCGUGAUUAUAAUUUGUUGCAUCAUCAUCUGCAUAUGUCGCCGUCGCAGACGUCAAGAUAAAUAUCGCACCGAUGUCUCCAUCAGCGCCACUCACAGUGUACUUUCCUAUCAGUCCAAUGCAACAAAAGUAGGUGUUGUUGCACCGGCGCUCGCAACGAUCACUCCCCAACCGCCGACUACAGGGUGUCUUUUGCCCAAUUUAGCCGCGCAAGAAUUGCCACAACUUUCCGGUCCAAAACUGCCACCCAGAUCACCACCUCCCAAACCGCCAUCCAAGAUCUCAUUCAAGCCCACACCCACACCCACAACCACUUCCACAGAAAACCCUCCAAUCAUUACGACACCCACUCGCACACCCAGCUUGCGCAUAAGACAUGCCGCACAAGCACCCAAAUCACCGCCGCGCUGGCCGUUGCGCCCUGGCGUCAUGGUGCAUGUCAGCAGCGAUACAAAAGAGAAUCUGGCAACCAAUCGUAUGACACUUCGACCGCACACAUUGACGGCUCAGCUGUCGAAUUUGACAUCGAUGGCUGUGGCUGACAGCAGCACUGCAUCAAGCGCCACACUAAAUGCAUCUGGCUUCUCAGCUUGCACCGCGCAAACAACACUGCUCAAUGCAUCUACGCAGACCGCCAAUUCCGUCGCCUCCAGUAGCAUGGGUGCAGUUGUAAAUGCCGUUGGCGAUAGCGGCAGCGGCGCUGGUUUCGAUAUUCCCAAGCAAACGUCAACGCUCGACCGUUUUGACUGUAGGCGCAAGCGCGCCGAAGGAGUGGGCAGCGAGCACGCUAGCCCUGUCGCCUAUACACAAGGCACCGCAUGCCAAACACUGCCACAUAAAUUUGUUAAAUCAUCGCAAUUGACACCACACCCGCCCAUCAAUGUUAAUCCAAAUAAUCAAAAUUUGACAGUCGAAAAUUUCAACAGAGGGGAACAGCAAUUGACAGUGUUGACAGUUAUCGGAGACGAGCAACUUGAGCGCCUGUCAGGGACGAGCGCGCAGUCGACAGGAGUGUCAGCUACAAUGCCACUGACAACUGAAGCAACAACAUCAGCUCAAACGGAUGGCUCGGAACAGGUGGCAGUUGUCAGCGCCGAGCCAAAGUGUGAUGUUAGGGGCGUAAGCGGCAAUACAGACAAACGCGCUGCUGCUGAUCGACGUUUGGGACGUGUGGAAAAGUUCUUUGCAGAUAUUUUCAAACGACGCGGUGCGGGCGUUGAUACCACGCGUGACAGCCAACGCAGUCAUGUCGGACUGCUUGGCGGCAUGUGGCAAGCGGGCGCCGGCGUGUUAUGGCAGCGUCGCGCUGACGGCGUAGAAACUACGGAAAAGUCGCCAUUCGCCGCAGAGCAUCGCCUAAAGGGUAUACGUUGCAGUGGCAGUGUCACGUACAAAAAGUCGCCAGUACGCACGUCGCAAAGCGACAAUGCCGUCCACGGUUCUAGCAAUAGCAAUAAUAACAACAACAACAGCACCAACAAUCACGCUUGUAUGUCGCUUAGCGCAAACGCGGCCACAAAAGCUAGUGCUACCGAGCUAAAUACAAACUCCGAACACUCUGCUUCUAAUAUUACCACUACAGUCACACCAACAGUCAUAGUCGCAGCGAAAGCACCGCCACCACAAUCGCCUCCAGCUAUGCAGCCGCCUAUGCAGCUACCAGCCAACAGUCCCCGAUCACAUGCCUCUGUGACAUUUCAAAUGCCUUCAUACGGCAGAACUCCAGCGAACAUCCGCAGCACGGCGAUGGCCACCAGCGGCGCGAGUGGGAUCGUCAGCGGAAACAGCAGCAACAGCAGCAGCACUACGACGCCGACACGUGGACGAUCACAACUGCUCGACCGUGGCACACUGAAGAAUCCUACGCCGCCGCCACGUCCACCACCGCCUUUCAAAGCGGCACCGCCGCCCUUGCAGAAACGCAUGGUGGCCACAGUUUCGCCGACGAAAGUCGAGCGGGUCCAAAUACAAGACAAGUCAUCUUCACUGGGGGAUCCAUUGACGGAACCUGGCGAGUAUGAGAAUCUACCAUUUCAUGGUCUGCAAACGGCUCCUAAUAAGUUCUCUACGACUCUUACAAAUUUUAAUAACAACACCAAUGUGGUGCGCGUCGCUCCACGACCCAAGAGACUCAAUGGAAAUAUUGGCCAGCAACAGCACCAGCAGCAACAAUACGAACAGGAGCAGUACGACCCACAAUUUCAGUAUCAUCAACACCAACAACAACAUCAACAUCAACAGCAACAGCAUCAGUACAACACCAUGCAAUAUGUUGGGGGCGGGGGACGAGCGAAUCAACAGCACCAGCAAUCGCACACAAUGAAUUCCCACAACAAAGCGAUGCUGCAGCAUCACCAACAGCAUAUGUUGAUUUCAGUAGCGGCGGAUGGCGGCGAGAGUAUCGGCGGCGGCAUCGUUGGCACAGGCAACACCGCUUCUGGUGGCAACGGUUAUAUGAACGGCGGCAUCGUUGGCACUGCACCCCAUCAAAUUACAUACAAUCUGAAUAAUUGCUUUCCGAAAAGUUACACCGAAUAUUAUCAUCAACAGCAGCAACAGAAGCAACAAAACUCAGUCUCGAAUAACACUUCCAAUGCUCAGCUGUUGAAUGCCAUUGAACAUGACUACCCUACGUACGCAGUGGUGGAGCGCAACACAACGAAUACUUCCGGUUUUGAUGUGGUUGGUGCAGACGCCACCGGUACACGUGCUUGCCCACCGCCCACUGCAUCAGCCAGCACGAACCCUUUUUUGGCCAUAAGUAAUUUUAAAAAAUAUGACACUAACAGCAGCCCAGCCGAUAAUGCCUAUCAACCGCAUAUAUUGGACGUCGGCGGCACUGGCUCAAUGCAACGCAGCGGUAAACGCAAGUCGAUAUUGGAUGGCAAAAUGGAGGAAAAGAAGUUCUAUUCGCUAAAAUUUAACGCCGUUGGUGGUAAGAACAAAGCGCCUCAUUCAGCGCAUAAGCCGCCGGCGAGUGGAAUGCUAAAUGCGUCGAUGAUAUUCCCCGGCAGCAAUAGCAACAAGUGUAAGCGACAUCAUUCUUUUGCUGGUGGUAGCAUUGGCGAUAUUGACUCCGCUGGCCCAGGCGCCCAACAUUCCGCACAUCACAUUAAAUCAUCGGCAUUGAUGCGCUUCUACGAUCCGCCUGCGUAUGAGAAUUUGGCCGCCGAUAGCGCAGCCGCUGUACAGGUGCACGAGUGUGCCGUAGAGGCGCAUCCAUCGCCAGCUGCUGGUGGUAUGAGUGGCACGGCCACCAUAUUGCUACAUCCGCAGCCCACAGCUAGUGGCAGCGGCGCGAACGGCACUAGCACGCAAGCUGGACAAACGGGCCACAAGAAAAAACAUCACCAUCGCCAACACCAGCAGAAGGAUGAUUUCAAUUUGAUUGAGCCAGAGCGAUUGAGCAUCUACCGCAGCGAUUCGGGAAUUUCGAAUAGCUCAUAUGAAUGUGUUACGCCUGUGCCACCACCGCCGGGCAGCACGCGCACAACGUCCCUACUAAACGGCACGCCGCCACCCAAAACGCCCAAGAGCUCAAAGCUAUCAAAACACAGCAUGUCCGGCGGGGGGGGCACAAGUAGCACAGGUCACAUCAACGUCAUUAAUUACAAAAAGUCCACGCGUCCGCCCAGCGGCAGUAAGAGCAACAUGGCAAAUGUUGCGGCCAACGGCACAUCGUUGCCUGUUUAUAUGAAUGUUGAUGGUCAGCCCACAGCGCAAUAUGAACGCUCCUGUUCGCCGAGCUCCACUUUGGUCAAUUCGUCGUAUGAAUCUGCUUCGUCUUCACAAAAUGACGGUCAUGGCGGUCCCGGCUCGACCGAUCCCACAUCGUUAUCCUCCUGCAACUCGCUAUACAGUAGUGGGACCGGCACACUAAUUGGCGUGAAUCCGCUCAUGAAGACGGGUAUGGGCAUGACGGCCUCUCGUUGCGGUUUGCAUCAGAAACCUGCAGAAAUCACGACACCCGAGGAGUACGAACAGUAUCAGCUGGGCCACCACCGACAUUCUGCCUCAUCGCUGAGCGUUGCCAGCACGGUGAGUGCGAGUGGAACACGGCGAUGCAAAAAACAGCAAUCGGCACUAGCGUCAGCGGGAUCCGUGACAGGAAUUGAGCAAGUGAAUGCGUCACAACAGCGGUCACCUGCGCUGCCAACGCCGCCGCCACCUCCAGCCGCAGCCUCAAUGCCCAUGCCAAUAGCAAGAAACUACGACGAAAAACUAUCAGCGACCCCUACGCACAUAUCCGGUACAUCACCUAUGGCAUCGGUCGCUACAACAACACCACCAACAACAACGGUGUUACCAGUGACCAAACACACGCCGACGAUUAUCGCGCCCAAUGUACGAGUAGCGCGCCCAAGGCAACAGCAGCAUACCAACAGCAAGUUAAAUCACAACAACAGCAUAACAACAACAAUAGUCGCGGACAUCAGCAACAGCAUCAGCACUAUCAACAAUCGCUGCUUCUCGCGAAAAACGUGCGGCAGCAAUAACAACGACGCGAAUGUUGAUGUCGACCACAACAACAAGGACAUGGCAAUGCAGCAGCUCAGAUUAGUACCGUUAGGUGGUGAUGCCGUCGAAGCGGAUAUUGUUGCUGCAGCCACCAAGAAAAUUUCUACCACAGCAGAGCAUAUGGACGAUAAUGUUGCAGGUGGCGUUGAAGCUACCACCAAUUUAAUGUUGCCACAUGUGGCAGUUGAUGAAAGUGCAACAACAGCACAACUGACUUCUAAUGGUGAUUAUCUGGCGCGCAGACCAGUCAAGCUGCCACUCCGCAAAUAUCACAGCUUCCACUUUCAGCCAUCGCAAACCGUAGCUGGCACUUUGCGUCACUGUAAAUUACAGCAAUUACGCAUGCAAAUGCAACACAAGCAACAACAACAACCAUACAGUUUCCAAGCAGAUAUUUUAGUGCACGAGCCACUCCGCCAAGUACGCUCCGCGCAAGCCGAGUCAGGUGCAGCGCUCCCAGUCAAACGCUACGCCAUCGAAGGAGGACCGCUCGUUUUUCGGCCGCUUUCAUGGCAUGAGCAGCGCACUUUCAAACCAAUUUCCUCUCCAGUGGACGUUGGCGCAGCAAAAGUAGAGGGGCGGUCUGUAACCGCAAAAAUACCAACCAAAAUGACUGAGAAAAAGACCCAAAACCGCACAGCAGCGCAAGCGGAGGCAGAGGCAGAGGAAGAAGAAAAAUCUGAAAUGAGCGAAGAACUUGCGGAAGAAAUCAAACAAAUUACCAGAAGUGCGCAAUUACCACAUGUGAGCCUUAAUCCCGCAGCCUCACUGGAGGCCUUGGAGGCGCUCACCAAACAUCAUCCCGAGCUAAUUUAUGCCACUAAACCAGGCACUCGGCAUAACUUACACAAACAACUUGCAUUACCAGACCAGUGGGCACAACAGUUAAUCGACGAAAAUCAACCAACCACAGGCAGUCCGUCGAAAGACUAUGCCGCAGAGGAGAGCGAGAGUGCAACAAAAGUAAAAGAAACCGAAACAAAGGCCACGAUUGAGAACGAGAAUGAUGAUGGUGGCGAUGAUAAUGAAGAUGACGAAGACCAGGGCUACUCCUUUUGCGAGGACUACGACGAAGACGACGAUGAGCUGGAAAUUCCGGCAGUGCAAAGCUCGCAAAAUGCGAACCCAAACAUUGACGCCAGUGUUGGUGAGCAGCGAACGACCGCGGAAGCAGAGUCGCCGCGUGUGGUGCUCUCAGCUGGUCGUAAUGGCGGUAAUGUGAAGUACAUGCUGCGGCAAAGCUAUCGCGAACAAGUGUCCGAUUUUGAGGAUCCCUAUAAAGGCAUUUACGGCAUUAUGGCAGCGGCAUGCGUACCUGCUUUUAACUUUCGUUUAUAUGGCAAGUACCCCAAAAAGAUAAAAAUGAAUUUCUCAACACCUUCUCUUCAGCCCUUGAGCGCUGCUGAAUUCGACGAUGAGCUAAUCUAUGCCGAUUUAGAGAGUCAGCAUUAUGGACCAAUCAACUAUAAAGCGGCUUCGAUUUAUGCGCUCGUCAAAAAAGAUAAGAAAUCCGGUGCCUUGAAUGAGGCAAAAAAUUGAAAGCCAACUAAGCGGAAAAGUUGUUUUUGUUAAAUUUUUCGCGUAAAAGAGUUGUCAGCAAAUGAAGACGACAGAAAAAAAAGUUUUGGUAAUGAAGCAGAAGAUCCAAGCAGGAGGAAUAGAUAUAUGGGCGCUGAUCUUUGCCUGUGCGAAGUACGCCAAACUCUGUUUUUAUUUUAACUAAACAGUGCAUUUCAAUUUUGUAUAAACUCUGACUUAUUUAAGUAAGUUAAAAUAUAUUUGUUUUUGACAAAGAAAAAAAAAAAAAAUUAAAAAAAUAUGUUAAAAUGUAUAUCUAUGCAUAAAAAGAGUACUUAACUUUUUGUUUCAAUUUUUUUUGUUUUUUGUUUUUAAAAAAAUAUGUUAAAAUGUAUAUCUAUGCAUAAAAAGAGUACUUAACUUUUUGUUUCAAUUUUUUUUGUUUUUUGUAAAAUAUGCAUUGAAAAUUUGUCCAACUAUGCGCUAUUUUUUAGGCAUAGCGAGUUACAAAAUAGAUAUCUAACAAAACAUGUUGGUGUGUAUUUAUUAAAAAAAAAAUAAAAAAAAUUGUAAACGAAUUUCAUACUUAAAAAAACAUGUACUUAAAAUAUAUAAGGCUAACAUACACACAUACAUUUGUAAUUAAAAGGUAUAGUAUAUAAUGAAAAGUAUAAUGUUGUUGUUAUCAGUGUAAAUCAAAUGAUAUUAAGUAUUUUUGGGGGUAAACACUAAUUGAGUCAGUACAUUUAGUAAAAAUUAAAAAUAAAAUAAAAUAAAAAUAAAAAUAAUUGAAAAAGUUAAGCUAUAAGCAUUCAUUGUGUCCGUUUUCAUAAGGCAUUACGCACAUAUGAAUAUUCGUUUAUUUUCCUUUUGUAAAAAAUGUUCAUACAAUUUACGUAAAAAUACAAUAUUAAAUAUUGCCAAAUCCUGCGACUCAAAAAUAAUAAACAACAACAAAUAUAUAUAAAAAUAGUUAUUAGUAAUUUCCAUAGUGUCCGUCUCUCUAAAUCACUCUAAUCGCCAUUUAUACUACAACUUACUGCAUACAUAUGUACAUACACAUAACUACAUACUUACACAUAUACAUGCAAACGUUUAGAAAAUAAUUAACACAAAAACAACAACAAACAACAACACUCAUACUCCAAGUUGUUAGGCAUCUCAAUGGCAUGCAUGCGUAAACGCACACUACACACUCACACACACACGCGUGUAGUAGUGGCUCUCGCGUGCACUCAACAUUGGGUGGAUUUUUAGGCGCUGCGCUCAAACGUCGAUAACUUAAAAUGAAUACCAGUAAAAUUACAAUUCAAUCUGUAUGUAAAUUUAUGCGUUAAAAAAAAUAAAUAAAAAACAAAAAAUAUAUAUGAAACGAAAGGAAUUUUUCUACUCGAAAGCAACCUGCAAACAGAAAUUGAUAUACAUACAAAUAUAGCUACUAACUAUUAUAGGAGAAUUAAAAAAUAAAUAAAUAAAGAAAAACAAAAUACCACAGCACUCAUAGUUUUGUACAUACACAAACAAACAAGGAAACAAUUAAAUAGGAAUCACUCAUUGCAAUUGUAUGUAUCUAUAGAAUAACGGCAAAUACGCUGGGAUUAUAGCAACAAUGAAGUAAAAUGGAAUAUAAAAAAAUAUAAAAACCAGCAUCUAAUAAUAUAGAAUAAAAAAUGUGCAAGCAAAAUGUAUAAACGCAAUAAAUUUGCAAUUGCUUGAGAUCAAAAAAAAAAAAAACACAAGGAAC